CCUGCUAAUAAUACUUAUUAACAAGCAGUGCUGACUUUAGGCCAAGCAUUUUCUCCAACUUUACGGUGAAAUCUUGCGACGAUACCGUGAGCUGGGCGCUAUUCUAUUCUUCAGAGGUGGGAACCGCAGAGAUAGAGUAAUCUGUUGAGACAGCUGCGGCUCGGGGAGUCAGUCUGGUUUUAGGGUCAGGUGCCCUUCACACUGUGCCCUGCUGCCUCCUAUUUUUGUUAAUGAGCUACGCAGCUUGUAGAUUCAUAGGAAAUGGUGGUUUUGUUAUUUCCAAGGGCUGCUUCAGAUCUAACAAUAGAUAACUCAAAACCAGUGUGGUGGCCCCCUAGAGCUUCACUUUUAGCGCUUGACAGAUUUAGAAGUCUGGGGAGUUGGAGUAGUGUCAGGGAAUCUGGAGAGUGGAAGUGGUAUAAGGACCCUUAGAAGAUCUUCAAAGACCCCAGGCUCCAGUGGUUUGUGGAGGCUCCACAUGACUCCAAACCAUAUACUGAAUAUGGUUUGGGGCCCAUUUGCUGCCCAUUCAUAGAGUGAUCCACGUACGCAUCCCAUGAUUCUGGCUGCUGACAAAACACUUCAUUUUUAAAAUAUGUUGUUGUUACUUUUUUUCCAUAAAGCACCUUUUAAUGUUGGUCUCUACCACCAUAGCUAAAUUCUGCUGUGAUAAGGGAAUGGAGACUGUGCUGGUCUGUGCAGUAAGCAUUUAGCACUGGCCUGUAUUGGUGAUACUGAGAUACAGAAAAGAUAGUUCCUGUUCUCUGGUAGCUUGCCAGUACUGCAGGAGACAGAAAACAGGAAUGUAACAUAAGAAAAACUAGGGCAGAAGCAGGUGGGAUGGGGGAGGGGGACACAGAAAAGGAAGGUUUGUUAAGAAAAGCUUUAUUUAGGAAGUCAAAGGGGACUUGGAAAGAAGGGUAAUAGAGAAAUGGAGAAGGCUGGUUCAAGCAAGGGUGGGGUGAACAAGAACAAGAAUGUGGGGUGGGGGCAGGAAGGAGAUGAACAUAAUUGUGUGUUAUCUACCAGGCUUGUUCCUGGUGACUUAAACAUAGUAAUCCAUUUGCUUCUCCAGAUGGCCCGUGAGGUAAGUUAUAGUCCCUCCAUUUUGUAGAUUCGAAGACAAGCUCAGAGGAGUUAAAUGACUUAGCUAUGAUGCGACGUGCUGUGUUUUGACAUCAGAUACUCAGUUUCACCUGACUUCUCUAUGUUGUCAUCCCGUGUACGCCUGGCCUCCACGACAGUCCGAUUUGUUCAUUCCCUGAUCUGCAGUUCUUCCCGUUCCUUCAUGGAUUUGAAGGCCCUCCUUUCUUCCUUGAAUGACUUUGCAUCCCUCUCAUUUGCUGAAAGUUGGGACAAUGUUGGAUUACUGGUGGAACCAAGCCCACCACAUACGGUGAGCACACUCUUCCUCACCAAUGACUUGACAGAGGAAGUGAUGGAGGAGGCACUGCAGAAGAAGGCCGAUCUCAUUCUCUCCUACCAUCCGCCCAUUUUCCGACCCAUGAAGCGAAUCACCUGGAAAAACUGGAAGGAACGCCUGGUGAUCCGGGCACUCGAGAACCGAGUCGGGAUCUACUCUCCUCACACAGCCUAUGAUGCUGCCCCCCAGGGAGUCAACUACUGGUUGGCUAAAGGGCUUGGAGUUUGCACCUCCAGACCCAUCCAUCCUUCCAAAGCUCCUGACUACCCUACGGAGGGAACACACAAAGUAGAAUUCAGUGUUACGAACGACGAGGACCUGGACAAAGUCAUUUCUGCAGUGAAAGGAAUUCCAGGUGUUUCUGUCACUUCUUUUCCUGCUAGGACCAAUGAUGAGGAACAAACACAGCUCAGUCUGAAUUGUACUCAGCAGGCUUUGAUGCAGGUGGUGGCUUUUCUUUCCCAGAACAGACAACUUUAUCAGAAGACUGAAAUUCUGUCACUGGAGAAGCCUCUGCUUCUGCAUACUGGAAUGGGACGGUUAUGCACACUGGAUGAAUCAGUCUCCUUGGAAACCAUGAUCGAGCGCAUCAAAAAGCACCUAAAACUGUCUCAUGUUCGCCUUGCUCUUGGAGUAGGGAAGACCCGAGAGUCUCCUGUCAAAGUCGUGGCCCUGUGUGCUGGCUCUGGGAGCAGCGUCCUGCAAGGCACAGAGGCUGACCUUUACCUCACAGGUGAGAUGUCCCAUCACGAUGUUUUGGAUGCUGCUUCUCAAGGAAUAAAUGUCAUCCUCUGUGAACAUAGCAACACCGAACGAGGCUUUCUUUCUGAUCUUCGAGAUAUGCUGGCUGCUCACCUGGAGAAUAAGAUUAAUAUUAUCCUGUCAGAAACAGACAGGGACCCUCUUCAUGUGGUGUAAUGCAUGUAGGAACAACAGGAUGACACAGCCUACCAAUCAUUUGGCUCCCAACUUGAAUGUAUAACAUGACUCAGUGGGGUUGGUAUCCUUCUGGAAAAAUGUCUUAGAAGGUGUAUUACCAUUUCUGGUUUCUUAAUCUGCUUCACCAAAUGUUCUACAGCUCGUAAGGUAAAAACUAUAAUGUAACUCCCAUUAAAGAACAAGUACUCAUUAUAAAGAACAAAUUAAAGAAUUUUUUUUUUAUGAUUCAA